CAAUAUCAUCUAAGAACCAUACCCAUCCAAAUUUAAAAUGCCUCAAUUCGAGAUGUAUGAUGGCACUAAAGACCUUGAUGAUCAGUUGUACGCAUUCUACUCUGUUAUGCAAGCUCAAAAUGCCUUAGAUACCUUGAUGUGCAAAAUAUUCUCCUCUACAUUGCGUGGUAACGCUCGGACUUGGUACUAUAGUCUACAGUCAAACUCAAUCAGUUCAUACGCUAAGCUGGCAGCAUCUUUUGCAACUAAGUUCUCAAGUCGACGACUGAUAAGAAAGACAAUCUCCGAGCUUAUGCGGGUAGUCCAAAGGGAAGGUGAAUCUUUGAAGAACUACAUGAAUAGAUUCAACGAUGCUGUGUUGGAAAUCGACUCAUUUAAUCAAGUUGUGGGGUUAGCUGCCAUAAUUCAAGGUCUCAAGCACGAGAGAUUUCGAGACAACCUGAUAAAACAUCCUCCUACCACAUUUGAUGAAGCCAAUGAGAGAUCGUUCCCAUCUGUGUGUGAAAUUCUCCACACCCAUGGGAGUGGCGACCUUGAAAGGCAACCAAGAGGUGGCCAGACAUUGCUAUAUGACUUUGAAUUGCUAGAUAAUAGACCUAAAGAUCAGGUUAGGGUCACUUCAAUGAAGGAGAUAGAAGAGGUACAAAUUGAUGACAACAACCCCACUAAGAAGACACAGAUUGGGACUAAGCUGGACUUGAAAGAAAGAGAAGAGCUUAUUUACUUCCUAAAGUCGAACAAAGAUGUAUUUGCUUGGACCUCUACUAAUAUACCUGGAAUACCCACCUCGGAUUGCCAUCCCUUGCCGAGUAUAGAUAAACUAGUGGAAGUUGCUUCUGGAAGUAAAAAGUUUAGUCUUUUAGAUGCUUACUCAAGGUACCACCAGGUCCACAUGGCACCCAAGGACGAGGUGAAGACUUUCUUUUAUGCAGGGGAUAAAGGUCAAUCCCGAGAAGAUAAAGGAAAUAAAGGAGAUGAAACCAUUGAAGUCAAUCAAAGACGUGCAAUGCGUAGUUGGGAGAGUAGUGGCUCUACACAGACAUACCUCAGUUCACCACCACUGUUAACUAAGGUUAAAGGGGGGGAGAUUCUUUACCUUUACCUCGGGAUAUCCAACACAACAGUAAACUUGGUUUUAGUUAGAGAAAUGGGAAAGCAACAGAGGCCAGUGUAUUAUGCCAGCAAGAUGCUACAAGGAGCUGAGCUGAGGUACUCCAUAAUAGAAAAUGCUGCUUUGGUGACUUUGCAAAAGCCGGAGUGCUCAGGCAGACUCAUCAAGUGGGCAGUGGAGUUAAGGGAAUUUCAAAUCACAUUCCAACAAAAGUCAUCAAUCCGAGCUCAAGCUUUGGCAAACUUUGUGGUAGAAUGCGCAUCAAGUCGAGAGAGUAUUAACUCCGAGGUGAAUUUUACAUGUGAGGUCACAAAUCUAACCCUAUCCAAGUACUUAGCCAUGGUUUCUGAAUUAAAAUGCCGAUUUGAGAGAUUCCGGUUCACAAAAGUCCCGAGAACAAAGAAUGAGAAUGCAGAUUCCUUGUCGAAGCUAGCUUCUAAUAGUUCUAGUGGAAUGAGGUCCAGCUAUGUCGAGGUCCUUAGUGAACCAAGCUUUCAUAGGUUAAAGCUGAUAGAGGUUAGUGUUGAUCCAGAAACCCCCAGCUGGAUAGAUCCCAUUAAAGCCUAUCUCCGAGAUGGAACUAUCCCAAAUGACAAGCUAAAAGAAAUGAAGUUGUGGAGAAAGGCAUCUUGGCCGAGUAUGCCCUUCAUGAGUUGCAUGAAGAUGUAUGCGAGAGUCAUAUUAGAGCUCGAACUUUGGCCCACAAGGUACUCCGACAAGGACACUACUGGCCCAAUAUCGCGGUUAUCUAUAGGUACGGGAUAUCAAAUCAAAUCGUCAUUGACAACGGGUCUUAGUUCAAUUGCACCUCUUUCAAGGACUUUUGCUCUAGCUAUGGGAUUAAGUUGGUAUUCACCUCAGUUUAUCAUCCCGAGGCAAACAGAAUGAUUGAAUUUGUUAACAAAGUUAUCUUAGAAAGUAAUCAAGUUGAGGUUGGAUCAAUGUAAAGCUAAGUGGGUAGAUGAGCUCAAUAAUGUCUUUUAAGCUACUGAACUACGAGCCAGACAACUAUAUGCAAAACGUCCCACCAUUUGGCCUUUGGGACUGAGGUAGUUAUUCCUGUCGAAAUCAAUGUCUCAAGCUUGAGAGUUAGCCAUUUUGACUCAAGAUAAAAUGACCUGUUACUU